AUGACUCCUGAUAAAUAUGGAAAUACUAUUCUACAUCAUGCAGCUAGGGAAGGAUUACUUGAUGUCAUGAAGUACCUCAUCAAUACUCAUCACUAUAAUCUAAUGACUACUAAUGAUAAAGGUGAGACUGCUCUUCAUCUCGCUGUUAAACACAUAGAUGUUGUAAAGUACCUCAUUAAUGAGUGCAAAUGUGAUAUAAUGACUUCUGAUAAAUAUGGAAAUACUAUUCUACAUCAUGCAGCUAGUGAAGGAUUACUUGAUGUCAUGAAGUACCUCAUCAAUACUCAUCACUAUAAUCUAAUGACUACUAAUGAUAAAGGUGAGACUGCUCUUCAUCUCGCUGUUAAACACAUAGAUGUUGUAAAGUACCUCAUUAAUGAGUGCAAAUGUGAUAUAAUGACUUCUGAUAAAUAUGGAAAUACUAUUCUACAUCAUGCAGCUAGGGAAGGAUUACUUGAUGUCAUGAAGUACCUCAUCAAUACUCAUCACUAUAAUCUAAUGACUACUAAUGAUAAAGGUGAGGCUGCUCUUCAUCUCGCUGUUAAACACACAGAUGAUGUAAAGUACCUCAUUAAUGAGUGUGACUGUGAUAUAAUGACUCCUGAUAAAUAUGGGAAUACUGUUCUACAUCAUGCAGCUAGGGAAGGAUUACUUGAUAUCAUGAAGUACCUCAUCAAUACUCAUCACUAUAAUCUAAUGACUACUAACAAUAAAG